AAAGCAUGCAACGGAAAAUAUUUAGCAACGGAAAACAAACAUUAACCUAUUUUUAUUGGAUGCUCGGUAGUUCCUCUCUGUUUCAGUUCGUUUUCUUCCGUUUCGUGCCUAAUAAACACGACCCUGAUUAAGAUCAUUUGAAUAAUUGGAUAGGCUACCUUGCUAGGCUGAUCAAUAGGCUACACAGCCAAGAUUCUCAGUGCUGCCUUUGACAAGAAAUCAAACGCAAUUGACAAAAUGGACAAAACUGGUGUUUUGGGAUUAUCUUUGCUCUCCAAUAAACUCGCCGAGAUUUUCACAGAAGAUUCGGAAAAUGACAGAACGUUCUAUGGGUUUUCCGACUGUGAAAGUGAUCUAUGUGAUAACAAGAGUUCAGACCGUGGCAAUCCAGUGGAUCUCAAAGGCAGCCCCAUAAAACAGCCUGUACCCCAUCGCUUCACAUUACGGGUGGUACUGCGCCCCCGUAAACUAGCCACACCAACUCCUCACUCCAGUGAAGAAGAAGACGAGGAGAGGAAGAUGGAGGCUGAGAAGGGAACAGUCAGAUUUGAAGUUGAAGAGAAGCUGGUGACUGAAGCAACACAGCCUGUUAAACAACAGUCAGGUUCUGAUUCUGAGGCUGAUCUAGCACAGUCUGGAUCUUUUCUGGCCAAGAGGGCCCAGAACGUCAAGGCUAACAAAGCUAUGUUGGCUCAGUUGAUAGCAGACCUGCAUAAGAUGCCAGGAGCUGCCCUGCUGAAGAGUCACAAAGAAGGCAAUGUUAAAAAGGAGAAAGGCUCUCGAGCGCCCCGCUCCAAGGGCGCAGUUGGGAAGUCCAAGACGAUCCCUAACAGAUCCUCCCAGAGACGGACCCGCUCCAUGGGGGGGGUUGAGAGCUUGGAGGCCCACCAGGAGGAGAGAGCGCUGGAGCUCAGUCUGGAGGAGGAACUAUUGGAGGUACGUGGUGAUCCGAGGCAGAGGCGUGCUCCGCGUCCCAAACAGGCCAAACCUCACAACAUAAGACCUGUGGAGGAGAUCACUGAAGAUGUGCUACUGCUGGUGGCCGACCACACGACAGAGAAGGUGUACAACAGAGCCACAGGCUCAACGUGUCACCAGUGUCGCCAAAAGACUACCGACACCAAAACCUGUUGCCGUAGUGACGAGUGUCGUGGUAUAGCGGGACAGUUCUGUGGCCCGUGUCUGAGGAACAGAUAUGGAGAGGAUGUCAGGAAAGCCCUGCUCGACCCGGUAGGAACUCAAUCACUUUUGCAUAACCAGGCCAGCACAGUUAACGCCUGA